AGACUUCUGUUAUGCAACUGCUGACCUACUAACAUACAAUUGGAGACAUUGAGAGAGCGAGGAGGAAAUUGUAGCAAGUCCCUAACGUAAUAAGAUAACUUAUUCAAAAUAAGAUACACAGAGUUCAUGCUCACAUACAGGCACUAAUCACAGAGCUCGUACUUGAAGCACGAUCGCACAUUUGAAUUCGAUAGUAGUCGGAAAUAGGAAUUGUUGAACAGAAGCGUGGAUGUUAUAUUAGACUUCGCACUGUGGGCUUUUAUUUACACAUACAAGCCUUUCAUCUUGCAACCUACUGGAGAAGGAGAGAGGUAGCGCCCCUCCCAAGAGACUGACAAGCCGAGAUCGACUGAGUGACCUACAUCCUGCAACACGCCUGGAGCAGUAGAGCACUUCUCUGUCUGCUCAGCACAGCGGUCUCGCAAAAAUAUUGAAAAACAAAACAGAGAAAAGAAGGUUAGAGAAUUGCUCACUGAAGCUUGUCACAUUCUCCACUCUAGGAACUCUUUUUUUUUUUCUCUACAAGGCAGCUUUGACCCACUUUUCUGUGAGAAAGCUAAAGAGACUUGCCUAGAGAAAGGCUGAACAUACAUUGGAUAAAUGAGGGGAAUUAACGCAGAGUUCCACCGCUUCUUGAUCUUCUUGGCCAGUUUAGACACUUGAACUAUAAGCUCAUUCAAUCAGUGAGAUAUAGCUGAAUCCCACUGUUCCUUAUCACCCCAUUCCUUGAGUUUCCUUUCCAGUGGUUGUAGCAAUAUUCCAAACUGUCCUCCACUGAGCAACAAUGGAAUGCCUGAAUUCACAACUCCAAUCAGCAAGCUCAGAAAAUAACCUGGACAACCUAGAGACAUACUCUAACUAUGAAGAGUCUCUCCCAUCGCCUCAAGGAACCCCCUCUCGCCAGGGGCGUCUCGUCAAGCCCAGCAUGAGUUGCAGACGCAAGCGUGAGUUCAUCUCUGAUGAAAAGAAGGAUGCAUCCUACUGGGAGAAGCGGCGUAAGAACAACGAGGCGGCCAAACGCUCCAGGGAGAAGCGACGACUGAACGACAUGGUGUUGGAAAACCGCGUCAUGGUGCUGAAUGACGAGAACUGCCGCCUGAAGACAGAGCUGCUGCAGCUGAAGCUGCGCUUUGGCCUUAUCAGCACUGCCUCCUACAUGGAGAAGAGCCAGCAGCUCACUAGUGGAGGCAACAAUGGAGGCAACGGAAGAUCCUCCACAUCCAAUUACUACUCCAGCGGCUACUCCAGCAGCUCCCAGGUGAUGAUGAACUCUGACUCCUCGGAGACUGAGCAGUCAGGCAGCGGGGGGGGACAUAGUCAACUGGUGACGUACUCCCCCCAUGGGUCCCUUUCAGACAUGUCAGACGGGUCUUCCCGGGACAGCCCAGAGCCUGCGGUCUACGGGAUCAAGCAGGAGGAAAGCAGCCUGGAUAUGGACAUUGAAAGCAGCAUGUUGAAAGUCCACCAUAGCCUGUCCUCCACACAUCACCAGGAGGUGAUGGAGUCGGUCUACCACAGCCAACAGCACCACUCCUACCACCACCAGGAGAGCAUCACAAGCCAGACCAGUCAGGUCCCUCCACCCACCCAACAGAGGAGUGUCAUCCUCUACCGCUCCAGUAGUGCCUCCUACCCUGGGGAGAGCCAAAGGCAGCAGGACAUAGAUCAACAGACAGCCCAACAGCAGAGUUCUCAGGCCAGCCAUCUGGCCCAGGCUCGAGAGAGCCACACAGAAAGCUCAGAGAGACUGGCAGAGGUGACCAAGCAGAUGGAGAGGAAGACACUAGACUCCCCUCCGUACCACUACUCAGACUGCCACAGCGAGGCAGGAGAGGGGCAGGUGUACAGAGCUCUGCAACAGGAGCAAAAGACCCAGACGGGCCUCACUCCAGACAUCCUCCAAAAACAGGAUGCCGUCACGUCCCACCUGUACCACAACCAGGCUAGUCACUGCUAUCUUAGCACCCAGGACGAGGAGCCCCCCAUACUCACCUAUGAGGGCGGGGCCAGGAGUGAGGGGUACUACCAAGAACACUCAACCUCAGGCAAAGACACCUCCUCUAGUGACAAUGACCCCCGCAGCUCUGACAAGGAUGCCUCCACGGACGACGAGUCCCCGUCUUCUUCUUCCUCCUCUGACGCCAGGAGUUACCUCCAGCACCUGUCUGUCUCACACCAGCCAGGGUCCCCUCUGCCCUCCCCGCAGGGCUCCUCCCAAUGCCAAAGCGGGGACACCCAGGCAGAGGUUAAGGGCACUGCCCUGCCUCACAAACUGCGUCUCAAACACAAAGCCAUGAGCUCCCAGCAGGACUCUCCCACCACCCCUCCUCCUUCCUCUAUCCUACCCCUGCCCCAGCACCCUUACCUGGCCCUCACGCAGCAGCAGAUCGGCAAAGAGAGAGAGAGUGAGAGCCAGCCCCCCACAGGGUUCUAUAAGCAGCCGUCCUCAGCUGAGUCAAGGAAGGAGAGUGAGAGCCAGCCCCCCACAGGGUUCUAUAAGCAGCCGUCCUCAGCUGAGUCAAGGAAGGAGAGUGAGAGCCAGCCCCCCACAGGGUUCUAUAAGCAGCCGUCCUCAGCUGAGUCAAGGAAGGAGAGUGAGGAAAAGGAGUCGUCUAGUGGACGCUAUAACAACAGCCGAGACUAAGUGCCUAUAGAAAACUUGAGGGCAACACAAAUUUGUUGAGGUUCCUUACAUUGUGAGGUGUCUCUGAUGCUGCCUUAGAUCAAAAUACGCUCUUUCCCUUUUCCCUCCUCAAUCUCAAUCCACUAUCGUUCCUUUACCCCCCAUCUACACCUCCCUCACCUUCAUGUCCUGGGACUAAAAAGCUGUACUGAAGCCCAAACAGGGCUGGACCUCUGGGGGAAAAGUAUUCUAUGUGUAUAUAUUGUAUAUACACUUUUCAGUUCUUGCAUCUUCUCCAUAAUUACAGAAGGACUUUUGUUUAUAAAUGAGAGGAGGGAUGAAACUCUUUCAUAUCAUUUUUCGUCAAACCACAAUUGGUCAUUUCAAAUGAGAAUAUAAGUUGACCAUUAUUUGAACUAUACUGUCAGCUUUCAUAGCCCCUCUAUGGUGCACAUCUGGCUUUAGACAAACGUAGCAGCAACAUUCUGGGAACAUUCCCUUGACCAAAGAUGCAACAAAAUGAGAAAUUCCAUCCCUCUUCCCUAACCCUACCAAUCCAUAUUUCCCUUCCCAUCUCCAUGAUCUCACACAGCCCAUCCAUUAUCUUUCUUGUUCAAGCACUCGGUUUGUAUAUUACUGUAAAUAUACCAAUAAUUUAUAAAUAUAUAUUUUUGAAGAAAACAAACAAAAAUGUCACAAUGCGACACUGUUGAGGCAAGAAAGGACUUGGCCGUUAUCAUCCUGUUUUUGUCAGAAUUACUGUACAGUCACAUUGUGUCUACUGUUGCAAACUCCACUUAAGUUAAAACUCCUUUAAUGUCAUCACUUUAACUCUGUUUGCAGGAACAUGGCUGAUAGCUUUUGAAAUGCAGCUUACCUCUUAUUGCAGUAGAUAUUUAAGAUCUUAGACAGCAUUCAAUCAAAGUCAAUCUGAGACAGAACUAGGCUGCUGGCCUAAAGUUGAGCAUCAACAGUCUAGACUUCCACUGUUCGUUCCCAUCUCUUAGCCCAAUGUAUUUAUUCCUAUGCCCACAUCUGCAGAAAAGCCAAUAGAAACAUAGACUAAAAUAUGAAUGUGUAUAAACCUUAAGGUAUAAAAGCUCAAGUUAAAACCAUAAAGUGGGGACAUAUAGGGGAGGGAGUUGUUUUAAAUAUAGUAAUAUAAUCUAAAUGAUAUCUGUAUGAUAUUUGAACUCUGAGUGAGGCCACCUAGUCUCCUCUGCAAAUCAACACAAUGCACUGAGCUCAGAACCUCAGGCUUCUAACCUGAUGUCGAUCCAUGUGCGCUAGACACACGGAGUUAAACCCAGAAACUAGGUAAUUGGAUCUCUGAAACAGAAGUUAAUUUACUAUAUUACACAAAUAGCCCAUGACGUUAUAAAAACCUGGUUUAGAAUAAGAGCUAUUGCAAUUAAGUUUUGUAAAAACCAAGGACAAUCACCUACUUUGUUAAUAAAAUAGGGAUUUCCCCUUUUUCUAAUGUGCCUCUGUAGUGUAAUACAUGGGGCAUCCACCCCCGGCCUUUAUUUUCCUCGUUUUGGGUGACAAUGAGAAGCCUGCACUGUACCACACAGUUUAUAAAGUAUAUGUACCAUGUUUAGCUUUUUGACACUUGUGUAUAAAUGUAAAGCUUUCACUCUCUGACAACACUGUAAUGUUAAUGUCAUUGUUUUAUUUUCUGAAGUAUUGUUCUGUUACUUUCUGAAGUCUUGUUCUGUUACUAUCUUCGUGUGUCUCUCCUAUUGACUGUGAUGUAUUUGCUCCAUACCCCCAUCCCCCCUUUUUUCAAUGUGUUUCAAAUCAGUGAUGCUUGUGUUUUUGCUGAUGGUUUUAUGAAAAAGAUUCUAAAAAGACAAAAGAUGCAGACGAGACUAGUGUGGUGUUUAGCAGUAGGUGGUGUGUAGGUCGCCACCACCCCUUUUUGACAUGGCUGUAUAUGUAAAGACACUAAUUUUCAUGAUGGAAGAUGGAUGCAUUUCAAGAUUGAAAACAAUAAAAAGGUUGUUGAAUUUCUCAACAUAUCGUA